AUGAUCCCUGUCGCGCCGCCAAAUUCUUUGCUCAACUUCGAUUCCAUUCUGCGUGAUCGAGCCCCCCGCCGACUUUCCACCACCACCACACUCGCUCGCACGCGCAUCGCCAGCUCGAAAUACAGACCCCUGAUAUCUACGCACACCGACGCAACAUUUGAGCUCAAGCGUGCCGACGCCAUCCGCUGCACCGAGUGCGGCUGCCGUGUGCUAUACAAGAACCGCACGAACCGUAUGAUCGAGUUUGAGGCGCGAUGA